AUGAGUUUCUUUAAAACUCUGGUUUCAUCUAACAAAGCGGAAACAAAAAAAGACCCUGAAGAAGUGGCAUCCAAAGCAGAGACUAUCUGUGAUGGGCAAGCUGGUCAGAAGACGUCAGAGAUGCAGACAAAAGGCGCCAAGAAAAAGCGCGUGGAUAGUCCCAGGCUAGGAGCUGCCUUUAGAAAGUUCUUUAGACACAAGGAUGCUGAAAAGUCAUCCUCCACUUCAGCUGACCCCAAGUCAGUCAAAGUCAACUUCUUACCUCAGGAGACUCCAGGGGCCAGCAAAAGUCCUAAAGUCCAAACUUCCUCGGCCUCCGUGUCAUGUCCAGCAUCCCCUGAGCCUUCCAAGGAAGGGGCCAAGGACAGAGCAGGACCCACCUCCUUGCCUCUGGGCAAACUCUUUUGGAAAAAGUCCAUUAAAGAGGACUCCGUUUCCACAGGUUCAGAGGAGAAUGCGCUGUGUGAGUCACCAGUAGAGAUUGUAAAGACUGAGGCAGUAGAAACAGCCUUGCAAACGGUGAAUCUCAGCGUGGACGAAGAUGCUACAGCAGAGCCCUCAGAGGUGACACUCGGGAGAGAAGACAGCAAACCGCCGAGAACUUCCCUCAUGGCGUUUUUCAGACAAAUGACAUCAGACUCCACAGAGAAGGCCACCACGCCGCCGGAGCCAGAGCCGGAAGCAGAGCCGGCCACGGCAGGCCAGAAGGGCAGAGACAGCUCCACCAAGGACAGGAAACCAGCCGCCGAGCUGAGCAAACAGAAGAACAACAAGCAAGAAGCCAAAGAGGCGGCCCCUGCUGCAGAGCAGAGCACAGUGGCGGUGAACUCACUGCAGAACGCGGACAAGCCCCAGAAGAAAUCCGAGAGGCAGCGGCAGUCCAUCCGGGGCUUCCUCAAGAACCUGGGACCAAAGCAGAUGUUGGAUGCCCAAGUGCAGACAGACCCGGUCUCGAUCGGACCCGUUGGCAAAUCCAAGUAA